GUUUGCUUACAAUUUGACAGCCUUUAGAUUGCUGGGUACAUUCAAGUAAUGGCGUCGGUGAAGUGAUUCUAAAUUGCGUUUAUUGAAGAUUUGUGAAUUAAUACGGUGCUGUUUUGAUAUAGUUCUUACACAUAAGCAUUCAAGAAGUUGUUCUUGCGAUUGUUUAACAGCAGGUUGGCGAAAUGAGCAAACGACGUCGGAUGAGUUCGUUCCAGGAUGACGAAAACAGUGAAGAUGAUGCUUCCCCUGAGCAAAGCCCAGUGCCUGCUACAACAAGAAAGAAGAAGAGGCUUGAUCCGAUGGAACUAUGUCAACAUCUUUACGAGUCCAUUCGUACCUUCAAGAAGGAAGAUGGCACAACGCUUUGUGACACAUUUAUUCGGGCACCGAAGCGACGUCAGGAACCUUCAUACUACGAAGUGGUGAUGAAUCCGAUUGAUUUGUUGAAAGUACAACAAAAACUAAAGACAGAUUCGUAUGAGGAUGUCGAGGAUUUGGCCGCAGACAUUGAAUUGAUAGUGAACAAUGCGAAAGCAUUUUAUAAGCCUGACUCUUCUGAAUAUCAAGACGCAUGCCAGCUGCUGGAUGUGUUUAAUACCAACAAAAAGCGUAUCAUAGAAAACCAACUAGAAGAAGGAUGGUUAGAAUCCAAGCCAAGGAAAAUUACCCGUCCCAGAAAAUCGCUUACCGCCGAAGAAGAUGAAUUCGAUGAGGGUUCCGAUUUUGACCCGUACGAGGAACUUUUCGCUAUCGUCAUGACGGCAACGGAUCCUUUGGAUAACCAUGACCUACAUCAUAUGUUUCAGUUGUUGCCAUCGAAAAAGCUAUAUCCCGGCUAUUAUGACAUCAUCGAUCAUCCAAUCGACUUGAAGCUGAUUGCUACCAAAAUUCAAACCAGCGCUUAUUCAAACCUCAACGAAAUGGAAAAGGAUCUGCUGCAAAUGACAAAGAACGCAUGCACCUUCAAUGAGCCCGGGUCGCAAAUUUACAAGGAUGCAAAGAUGCUAAAGAAAAUCUUUAUGGCACGAAAAGCGGAUAUAGAAUCGGGACGGUACAGAAAACCACUCAACAGACGUCCCAAAAUUGCGUCAAGUGCGACAGUAGCUGCGCUGAAGGAAGAAAUCGAAAGUUCCGAUGAUGAUUUUGAUGAUUCGAUGGAAACGGAAGGCGAUGGUCCACUUUGGCAAUUAUUUGACCAACUCUAUAAUACGGCCAACACUAACGAUCCCAAUGCCUUAGGUGCACCAUUGGGUGAAUCUCUAUGGAAGCUUCCGAACAAGCGUUUCCAUCCGGAAUACUACAACCUGAUCAAAAAACCCAUCUCCAUGGCUCAAAUAAGAAACAAACUGAAGAAAGGAAUAUACACCCACAUUACUGAUAUGACGGCCGAUCUGUAUCUGAUGCUGGAUAAUGCGAAAAAAGCGAACGCUCCAAACAGCAAAAUUCACAAGGAUGCACAGAAAAUGCAAAAAAUUCUCAAUCAAAAACUAAUUGAUUCGGGUGAUUUGGAAGAGAGUGACGAAGAAGAGGAUGAAGAAGAUACGGAUUCAUCACAGCCAACUUCAUCACGCAAAAAGGGACGUGUAGCGAGGGAUGUCAAAAGCAUCGGUUCACCUUCACACAAUUCUUCCGGCAGUGCGCUCGCUUCCAAAUCGAACCGCUUGGUACCAACGACAACGUUGAGAAAGAAGUUAUUAUCAUUGCAUGAAUUUCUUGUUGAUUUUACGUACGAUGAACAUCAACCAAUGGCCUUGUUUAUGGAAAAACCUUCUAAAAAGCUGUACCCAGACUACUAUCAAGUCAUACAGCAUCCGAUCGACAUGACAACGAUCGAGCACAAUAUCAAAUCGGAUCGUUACAGCACAAUCGAUGAUAUAGUGGGCGACUAUCGUCUGAUGUUUUCAAACUGUCGAAAAUAUAACGAGGAAGGAUCUAUGAUCUAUGAAGAUGCCAACAUUCUGGAAAAGGCAUUGAAUGAGAAACUGAAAGAAUUUUCAGGAAUAAGCAAGAAAUUUGCCCUUUCAGGAAAAAUUCUUAAACCAGCGCGCAAAAGUAACUCUACGCCGCUGGAAACGAAACUAAAGCAAAUGUACGAUACCAUACGGGAAUACCGAGAACCGAAGCAAAACCGGCAACUUUCGUAUAUCUUUAUGAAAUUGCCUUCAAAAAGCGAAUAUCCCGAUUAUUAUGACAUCAUCAAAGAUCCGAUUGACAUUGAGAAAAUCGAGAAAAAACUACGUCAGCAGAUCUAUGAAAGCGUCGAUGAUAUGGCCGCAGAUUUCAUGCUUAUGUUUGAAAACGCUUGCAAGUACAAUGAGCCAGAUUCUCAAAUUUACAAGGACGCGCUCUGCCUGCAGCAAUUGCUUAUACAGUCGAAACAAGCGCUGCGGAGUGAAGAAACAGUACCGAAUGUUCAGCAAGCGGUACAGGAACUUCUGCUGUCACUCUUUACUACAUUUUAUAAUUACCAAGAUGAAGAGGGCCGAUGCUAUUCGGAUUCUUUGGCAGAACUAAGUGAAUAUGAUGACUGUGACGGCAAUAGGGUGAGAGCUAUUUCGUUGGAUCUUAUCAAACGUCGCCUAGACAAGGGUUUGUACAAACGUUUGGAUACAUUCCAAGAGGACAUUUUUAGCUGCCUUGAACGUGCCCGUCGACUCAGCCGUACCGAUUCGCAAGUAUUUGAAGAUUCGAUAGAGUUACAAUCUUUUUUCAUUAAGAAACGCGACGAACUGUGUCAAAAUGGUAACGUGCUCGAAUCGCCCGCCCUGAGCUAUAACACAAUGCACUUGAGUGCCGCUGUAGAAUCUCUACGACAAUCGAAAUUGCUUCAAGAGGAAGAAACUGACACUGAUAGUGAUGCGGUGCAACCUUCUCAAGGAGAGAGUAUGACAAUUGAUCAAAAAGUGUUUAGUCCCGGAGACUUUGUAUAUAUCGACUUGCCAGAAAACAAAAUUCCUGGCAUCAUGUAUAUCGAGCGCUUAUGGACAACGGUUGAUAACAUCAAAAUGAUGAACGGUUUAUUGCUUCUACGACCGCACGAAACAUUUCACGUGCAAACAAGGAAAUUUAUGGAGCAAGAACUUUUCAAAAGCGAUCAACACAUCCAAAUCCCUCUGUCCAAAGCAUUAAACAAAUGCUUUGUUAUGCACGUCCGGGAUUAUGUUAAGCUGAAGCCGGAAAAUUUCCCCAGCAAGGAUGUUUUUGUUUGCGAAUCUCGAUAUAGUUCAAAGGCCAGGUCGUUCAAAAAACUGAAAACCUGGAACUUUGUGCGCGCAAAUGAUCCAGUGAAACUAAUUUCCCGCGAAGCACCGCUUGAAAUAAAGCGUGUUAUGUCCGUUUUUAAGGAGCGUGUGGAGAAGCAUAAGGAAGAACUUUCGGAACUACAGCUGCAGGAAGCGAUGCUUGAAAAGGAGAAACCAAACGUGGUUAUAUAUAUGAACGGUGUGGAAGAUGGUAAUGUGUAUUAUGAACAGUAUAAUACCGUAUGUGGAGGUGUAGUCAAAACAGGCGAUUACGUCUACGUGGCUACAGAAUCCGGCAAGCAAUCGAUUUCACAGAUUACAUCAAUUUGGGAAACAAAAGAUGGCAAAAUUUUGUUCCGAGGACCUUGGCUUCUAACUCCACCCGAAGUACCUGGCACAAUAAGCAGAUUAUUUUAUCGACAAGAAGUUUUACUUUCGACUAUUCAAGAAACAACUUCCGCUGUGGCAAUUGUUGGUCGAUGUGCGGUGCUCGAUCAAAGCGAAUACAUCACUAGGAGACCAACAGAAAUCGGAGAGUCCGACGUGUACAUGUGCGAAUCUAUAUUUGACGAAUUUAAAAAACAAAUUCGCAAAAUAGUCGCACCGUCAGGUUUGCGUAAAUUCACACACAGCCAAAUGGUUACAACUGACGAAGUGUAUCAUUUCCGUCGUCCUAUAAAUCCUCCGAAGGUAACCUGUGGUGAAAUUGCAGCAGUUCAGGAAAAUAAGCCAAUUACAUCAACUGAUUUUAUGGACAUGAAGGAAGACUUUGGCAUCAUCGAUGAUUCGAUCGAUGGGCCUCCGUCGAUUGGCUCGGACACAAUAAUGACGGCAUCGCCACAUCCAACACAAACGAUCAACACCAGCACACCGACAAUGACCACCAAAAAAUCAUCUAAACCCGGCAAGAAGCUAGUGACAGGCUACAUAUUGUACUCUAGCGAACACCGGAAGACUAUCUGUGCCAGCAAUCCGGAGGCAACGUUCGGUGACGUAUCACGAAUAGUCGGAAACGAAUGGCGUAAUUUGAGCGAUCAAGAAAAAGCGAUUUGGGAACAGCGCGCGAUUAAGAUCAAUGAAGAAAGUGCAGCGAAAUAUGCAGCUGAAAUGGGAGAAUCAAAUUGUCCCAGCCCAGCCAACUUCAAGACCGACGGUCCAAUCAUACAGGACAUCGUAACGAAUCAUGCCUAUGAAUGCUGCUGGGAUAAAUGCGACUAUCAAUUUGAGGAUCCUGCUGAAUGGUCGGAGCACUGUAUUGCCGAAGGUGCCGGAUGUGUUUACAAGACCUUCCAGGUAUCGGCGGAUCAAGAAUUUAUUUGCAUCUGGAGAAACUGUGUACGAUUGCGCCGAAACAUGCCACCGUUUCCAUCUGUUACGCGGCUCGUGAAACACGUCAAGGAGGUGCACUUGACGAAAGGCGUUAGCAAGUUAAUUCAGCUGCAGGAUCGGAGCAAAAAUUACGUACAUUCGAAACGUCCUGCCGGUGGAAUACAUGCGGGAAAUAAUGUACCUAUCGUUAACAUGAGCAACGUAAACUCUAACAACAUGGGAACGAUCACUUUGCAACCGAUGGGCAAUGUAGGCAGCCAUUCGUUGAAUGGUACUAAUACAAACAUUAUGGCCUUGUCAGCACAAAACACUGGCGGCUUGUCUGGGAAUAAUCAGAUGCAACCAAUGCACGCACAACAAUCGACAUCAAUGGCCACUGCCGGUGGAAACAAUGCGCCACAAAUUGGUAAUUCGAUUGCUGCACCAUACUUCAGCUACAUUUCUGCUCAACCUGCGGAACCAUUGUUCGUUACUGUGCCUCCCCGGCCACAACGGGUCCUACAUUCGGAAGCAUACAUUAAGUACAUCGAAAGACUGCAGCAGAAAUCGACCUACAUUACGCCUUGGCAGAAAACAUUCACCGCUACAAGAGAGACAAUUCCUAAUACGGAUGUAAACAGAUUACCGCAGCAGUGGCUAGGAAAACGGGCCCAAGAUCGUCCAGAUGUUGUGGUGGAUGCAUUAUGGCAAUUGCGCAAUUUCAUGAUGAAAGAAGUGAUUCAAUUUGAUCGCUUUUAAAUGUUCUUUAAAGAAUCUAUCAUAAGUAUGUAGACAUUUCAUUUCAC